AAUCUCCAUUUUCCUCAUCGCAUAUCCACAGCUCAGCUCGCUGCUGGAUCGAGCUUCCAGAGACAGCACAAACAUUCAUAAAAAGAAUACUCACUGGUGGAGCGCUGCAUAUAUACACGCACACUCGGGGCUCAGUGAUCAGCAAGCACAACUUCAUCUUUGAUUGGUAUUAACUGGACCGUCUGCCGCGCCGCCGGACGGCACAAUUUCCUGAAUCAGGUAGCUCCGCCGCUUGCUAAGAUGUAUCUGGUGAAGGACAUCGGCGGCGCCAUCGGCCUGAUGGCGGCGGCCUUGGUGCUCCUGGGCACCUGGCCGGUCGUCCUCGCCGUGCUGGAGCGCCGGGGGCGGCUGCCGCAGCACACGUACCUGGACUACUCCAUCACCAACUUCCUGGCCGCCGUGCUGAUCGCCCUCACAUUCGGCCAGAUCGGCGGCGACACGCCGGAGACGCCCAACUUCCUCGCUCAGCUGACCCGGCCCCAGGACUACUGGCCGUCGAUCAUGUUUGCGCUAGCGGGCGGCGUGGUGAUCACCCUCGGCACCGUGGCCACGCAGUACGGCUGGGCAUACGUCGGGCUUUCGGUCACCGAGGUCAUGGCCUCAAGUCUCAAGGUUGUCAUAGGGACAACACUGAACUAUUUUCUGGACGGCCGGAUCAACAGGGCGGAGGUUCUGUUCCCCGGCGUGGGAUGCUUUCUGAUUGCAGCCUGCCUAGGCUCACUUGUUCACUCCUCCAAUGCUGCCGACAACCAGGAGAAGCUAUCAAACUCCAGAAACUACUCUGCUGGGAACACUGCAAAGGAAGAUCUCACCCAGCACCUCCUCCAAGAGGGACCAAAGGAUUGUGAAGAAGCAAAGCCUGCACUACCAAAUAAUAAGACUCUGGAGAAAGCCGAGGCAGGAACGGCAGAUUUCCUCAUUGAUCUGGAGGACAAGAGAUCUAUCAAGGUUCUUGGGUCCAACACGCUGGUGGGCCUGGCGAUCGUGACGUUCGCGGGGGUGUGCUACUCAUUGUUCGCGCCGGCGUUCAACCUGGCGACCAACGACCAGUGGCACACGCUGCGCGACGGCGUGCCGCACCUGGUGGUCUACACGGCCUACUUCUACUUCUGCCUCUCCUCCCUGGCUGUCGGCGUGGCGCUCAACGUUUGGUGCCUCUACCGCCCCAUGGCCGGCGUGCCGCGGUCGACGCUGCGGGCGUACGUCGCCGACCAGGAGGGGCGGGGGCUGGCGCUGCUGGCGGGGCUGGUGUCCGGGCUGGGCAACGCGUUCACGUUCAUGGCCGGGCAGGCGGCCGGGUACGCGGCGGCGGACUCCGUGCAGGCCCUGCCGCUGGUGAGCACGCUCUGGGGCGUGUUGCUGUUCGGGGAGUACCGGAGGUCGUCGAGGAGGACCUACACGCUGCUGGGGAGCAUGCUCUUCAUGUUCGUCGUCGCCAUGGCCGUGCUCAUGGCCUCCUCCGCGCACAGGAAGCCGCUCUGACGCAACCACCGCUGCUCAUGCAUGCCAAUGGGGACCUUGUACAUGUAGCAACGGCAGAGAGGCUACAGUAAAGUUCUUCGACGAGGCGGAUGUUGUGUGCUCCUAAACUAAAACCACGGCAAGUAAUUUUGAACGAAGGGAGUAGUAAUUUGGACAAGUGCGACGCAUGUCACAUCUUAUGGGUGGUUUGAAAUAGAGACGCCUUAUAACUAA